GAUGCAGCAGAUCAGACUUGAGCUUGUGUUGCACUCAGAAUGAAGUAUCUCGGAGUUGCAGUGAUUGGGCUGCUCAUCGGCAGCCUCUCCAGCGGUGGCUUUUUGGUGCAGGCCAAGCCUGAGAUGUGCACUCAGCCCCAUUCGAUGUCGGGGAUGGCACAGGACGCGGCUGCCUGUAUGGCCUUUAUGCCGGCCUGGACCUAUGACGCCGCCAAGAAUGCCUGCUCCGAGUUUGUCUUUGGCGGCUGUGGUGGCAAUGCAAAUCAGUUCUCCUCCCAAGCGGAAUGCGAGAAGGCAUGCAAGGACUAGCAGCGGGCAAAACCCCCAAAAUAAAAUUCCUCGAAAUUCAACUAAAUAUUGAACUCUGAAAGGCAAAGCUUGUUUUUGUUUGUGUUUGUGUUUUUUGCAAAAAACAAUAAAUUUCACUAUAAUUUCAA